AUCUUAUUUUCACUAGUUUUUAAUUUACACUUACAAACAGCUGAUUUUUACAAAUAUGUACUUUAAUCCCCGUCGUAUCGUUUAGCAUUACUUCUGGUGGUAACCCAAUCGGGAAUAUCAACAUUCUUCUGUACGCUAACAUUGUUCCCAAGACUGCCGAUAACUUUCUCCAGUUGUGUACUGGCAGUAAGGGUUUUGGCUACGUGGGUAGCCCAUUCCAUCGCGUAAUUCCCAGCUUUAUGGUGCGGGGCGGUGCCUUUAUAAAUCGGGAUGGUACUUGUGGCAAAUCAAUUAAUGGCACACUAUUUGAAGAUGAAAACUUUAUUCUCAAGCACGAUGGUCCAGGCACUGUGGCUAUUGCAAAUGCUGGCCCAAAUACCAAUUGGCUCUCAGUUUUUUAUCACUUUUGUGAAAACUGACUGGCUGGAUAACAAGCAUGUUGUCUUUGGCAAAGUCAUUGAGGGUAUGGACACUCAAGAGAAUUGAGGCAUAUGGCAGCCAGUCAGGUGGUACCAGUAAACAUGUCAUUAUAUCUGACUGCCGCCAGCUCUUUUAAAGUUUAUUUUUUUACUUUUUUGUUUUAUUUGAG